AUGCAGCUCCGCAUAGCGACGUACAACCUCCGCUACGACUCGCAGCCGGACAAUAUUACUGUGCAACAGUCUCUGGAAGUGCUUCCGGGUCCGCUGGAAGAACCUCAUUAUUUAGCGAGGAGCGGAGAACAGCCAUGGAGUACUAGAAGAAUGAAAGUCGCGCAGCAUCUGCUCAGCGAGAAUCCCACUAUUAUUGGAUUCCAAGAAGCGCUGGUCAGACAAGUCAGGGAUCUAGCACAGCUGCUUGGGGAUGAAUGGGCGUGGGUAGGCGUGGGACGCGACGACGGAGCUGAGGCGGGCGAAUUCUGCCCAAUCUUUUACAAGACGACCGAACUUACAUUAGUGGAGAAGGAAUCCUUCUGGCUCUCCCACACCCCCUUCGAACCUUCUCGAUUCCCGGGCGCAGGCUCCCACCGGGUAUGCGAGGUCGUCCGCUUCAACGCAAAAUCGUCUCUCGCCUCCUCACCACAAGCCUUCACGCUGCUCAACACGCACCUCGACGACCGCUCCGACAUCCAGCGCCGUCUCGCUGCUUCGCUCCUGCUCAUCCGCGCGCGCUACGAGGCCUACACGACUGGCGGGCCCGUCUUCGUUACCGGCGACUUCAACAGCGCUGCGACGGGCUACGACUCGGGUGCGUACCAGAUAAUCACGGGCAAGCAGCGCCCGAUUCCUGUCGACCCCGCGUUCGCCAAGAAGUAUGCGGUGCCGGAGGACGCGCUGCCUGAUUUCGUGAUGCAGGACCUCAAGGUGGAGACGCCGAAGCUGCGUGUCUGGGGCGACUUCGCGACCUUUACGGGGUUCAAUAGGCCGAACGAUCACUCUGUGUUCACCCGCAUCGACUUUGUGUUCGGCGGCAGCAAUGGCGGAUGGAGGGCGAAUGCGCAUAAAGUGGGGUCGUCUCUGACGGACGAUGGUAUCCUUGCCAGCGACCAUCGUCCGGUCUUCGCUGAUGUAUCUUUAUGA